CAUAAAAACAACAAACAAAGAGGUUUUCUAUAGUAUCACACAAUGAGGUCUUCUCUUGCUAUGUUUUCUCUUCUAUUUGCUUUCUUGUUAAGUGGCACCAUAGAAGCAAGGAAAGAUCCUGGGGAGUAUUGGAAAGAGAUCAUGAAAGACCAGCAAAUGCCAGAAGGACUUCAAGGCCUUCUUCCAUUCCAAUCUGAAAAUAAUCCCAAGACUCAAGAGCAACUUGUUAAAGAUUCCAAGCAUGAAUGUGAAGAGCCUCUUGCUACAAAUGUUGGUGAACUCAAGUCAAGUGCUAAGAAGAAUGAAGAUAUUGAACCCAGACCAAGUGUUACUAAAUAUGAUGAUUUUGAACCACGACCAAGUGUUACUAAGUAUGGUAAGUCUGAGUUCAAGUCAAGUGCUACCAAAAAAGAUGAUAUUGAACCCAGACCAAGUGUUACCAAGUAUGGUGAUUUUGAACUCAAGUUGAUUGCUAGCAAGAAGGAUGAUAUUGAACCAAUACCAAGUGUUACUAAGUAUGGUGAUUUUGAACCACGAUCAAGUCUUAUGAUGUAUGAUGAUUUUGGAGUCAAGUUAAGUGCUAACAAGAAUGAUGAUAUUGAACCUAGACCAAGUGUUACCAAGUACAGUGAUUUUGAGCCACGAUCAAGUAUCACUAAGUAUGACGAUUUUGAAUUCAAGUCAAGUGCUAGUAAGAAAAAUGAUAUUGAACCUAGACCAAGUCUUACAAAGUACGAUGAUUUUGAACCAAGACCAAAUAUUUCCAAGUACGGCGAUUUUGAACCUAGACCAAGUAUUACAAAGUACAAUGAUUUUGAACCAAGACCAAGUAUCACAAAGUAUGAUGAUUUUGAAUCAAAACCAAGUACCACAAAGGUUGAUGAUUUUGAGCCAAGGCCAAAUAUUUCCAAGUAUGAUGAUUAGCUCCUUUUAGAAAAGAAAGUUGCUGAAAAAUAUCGCAAUCUUAUCUUUGUAUCAAAAGAAUAACUGAUGUGUAAAAUAUUAUAAUUUCUAAAUAAUUUCAGCUAUCUUUCUCAAAA